AUGUCUGGCCUCAACGCCUUCGUAUCCAAUGGCACCUGCUACAAAGGCCGCGGCGACUCCGCCGACGACCUGAUGCUCCCUUGCGGCAACGCUGGGCUCGGCCAUAAAACGUGCUGCCAGGCCGGUGACAUGUGUCUCUCGAGCCACGCCUGCUUCAAUGGCAAGUUCGGCGUCACCUAUCUCGCCGGCUGUAGCGAUCCCGACUACGAGGACGGGAGUUGCCCUGAUAAAGGGGCCUUUGACGACCAAGCAUGGGCCGGCCUCGUCUACUGCAACGGCACCUCCAACCAAUGGAUCGCCUGCGAGCAAUCCGGCAACGCCGAGACCCUCACCGACGCAGACUCGUGCUUCUGCCCCUCCACCUCCCGCACCGUCGCCUUCACCGACGGCUCCAUCCUCGACAACGUCGUCCAGCUCCCCACCUCCUCCGGCGGCAGCGUCAUCUGGCAGCCCGGCUACGUCCCGUCCCCCACCUCAGGCGACGGCCAGGAGACCACCACCGGCCCCGGCGACACCGGCACGGCCCCGCCCACCCCUGACCCCACCGAUCCCGGAAACGACCCAGACGUGGGCAGCGGUGGCCUCAGCACCGGCGCCAAGGCCGGCAUCGGUGUCGGCGUCAGCGUCGGCGCCCUCCUCAUCCUGGCCGCUCUCGCCCUGCUCUUCCUCAAGAGGCGGAGGCGCGCGUCCGACGACGACAUCCCCAAGGCCGAGCUCGACGGAAGCCCCGAUGCCUUUGGCGCCGUAUCCCUGGCGCCGGGCACUCCCGGAUCCGCGUCGGCGCCGUCGGAACUCGACUCCAGGGCCGCCCGCCCCUGGUCUGUGCGCUCCGAACUCGACGCUACGGCCUCUUCGAGCCCCGGCACCGCCGCUGCUCUCAAGAGGAAGUCUCAGCUGAGGCACGGCGAUAAUGCGGACAUGCUCGAAGUCCCUAAGCCACCGUUUAUUACCCAUGAUGGCAAUAGGCCGUCGCCUGUUGCGGAGCUACCGGGUUAA